AAACUUGCCUGGUUCGAAGUUCAGCCUUUAAAUAAAACCUGUAAGGAAGCUCUGUUCAUCCGGCUUUCCAGAACUUUUUAAGCAGACAGCCGCGUUUAGGGGGCCUUGGCCGAAGAACCAAAAGGACCAGGAAAUCUCAGGGAGUGAGAGAAAGCAGAAUGACAAAGACAAAAGUUGACAUCACUUUGACAAAAUUUCAAGGAUUAGAGUGCCCCCUUCUGCUGGAACCAUGUGGGUGAGCAAGCUGCUGAUCGUGGUGCUCCUGGCUGUCGCAGUGGCUGAGGAGAAGCUGGGUGAACACACAGCCGCCCUAGCAGACAGCAGCAUCAAACUGGGCCUGAGCCUCUACCACACUGUGGCCAAAGACCAGGGCGCUGAGAACAUCCUCCUCUCUCCCGUGGUGGUCGCUUCUUCACUCGGCCUAGUGUCCCUCGGUGCCAAGGAGAAGACCGCCAGCGAAGCAAAGGCAGUGCUGGACAUGGGUAAGGUGCAAGAUGACAAGCUGCACGUGGCGCUGUCCCAGCUACUCACUGAGGUCAGCAACUCCACCGCACGCAACGUGACCUGGAGGAUGGGCAGCCGGCUGUACGGCCCAAGCUCGGUCACCUUUGCUGAGGAUUUUGUGAAGAAGAGCAAAAAGCACUACAACUACGAGCCCUCCAAGAUCAACUUCCGGGACAAGAAGGGAGCCUUGAAGUCCAUCAACGAGUGGGCGGCAGAGACCACUGAUGGCAAAGUCGCCGAGGCAACCAAAGACCUGUCGAAAACAGAUGGAGCUAUGAUCAUCAAUGCGAUGUUCUUCAAACCUCACUGGGAUGAGAAAUUCCACCAUAGGAUGGUGGACCAGCGCAGUUUCAUGGUGAGUCGGUCUCUUUCGGUUGCGAUCGACAUGAUGCAUCGUACAGGUCUUUAUAACUUUUAUAAGGAUGACACCAACCAGGUGAAUGUGCUGGAAAUGCCCCUGGCCCACCAGUUAUCCAGCAUGGUCUUCUUCAUGCCUCACAACGUGCAGCCUCUGGACAACCUGGAGAAACUGCUGACCAAGGAGCAGAUCAAAACCUGGCUGGGCAAGCUCCAGAAAAGGGCUGUGGCAAUCUCCUUGCCAAAAGUCAAGCUGGGGGUCAGCCACGAGCUGCAGAAACAUCUGGCCAGUAUUGGUCUGACCACAGCGGUUGACAAGACCAAAGCUGACUUGUCAAAGAUCUCUGGGAAGAAGGACCUGUACCUGGCCAAUGUUCUCCAUGCUGCGGCUCUGGAAUGGAGUACUGAUGGAAACCCCUACGAUGCCUUCCUAUAUGGGCGGGAGGAGCUGAAGAACCCUGAGGUCUUCUAUGCCGAUCACCCUUUCUUCUUCUUGGUCAAGGACAAGAGGACAAACUCCAUUCUCUUCAUUGGGCGAUUGGUGAAGCCUGAGGGCAGCAAGAUGCACGAUGAACUGUAACCACUGCUCCGCUACGAUGCUGAAGUCGCAGAUGGUAUAGCUGGUGCUCAAAUUGCAACAUGCCUUUAAGUUGUUCUUUUUUUUUCUCCCCCCUAAAAAAAAGUCAACUAUUCCAUCUUGCAGAUUUGACAUCCUGUCUUUGGGUUAGUGACCAUCUCCAACCCCCAAUUCGGUGGGAUAUUGUCAGCUAGUUUACAGCCUGUUUGUCCCCAAAACCCCCUCUCUAAAUUUUGGGUGGACUUGAACCAAGAAAUUUGAGGCUUAGAAGUCCACUCUGCCUCCAGUGAAAUUUGUAUCAUUGCUUCCACCUCAAUGUUUGUACUUUUAAUCAUUAGCAGAAAUUGGAAAAGAUACUAUACAGAAGCAAAUCAAACUAAAAUCCUAAACUGAUCUAGUUUCUGCCAGCAGAUAUGCCCCUCCCCCAGAAAGCCUGCUUCCACUCUGUCUCAUCCUGCCCCAUUUUGGCCAAUUCCUGUCUCCCUCACUUGACCUUCGCUUUAAAUGUGUCACUGUAAUCUGCUUCAGCCUUUCCAUCCACAUUCUAACCACUCCCUGAGUAAGCAAGUUUCCUCUGAAUUCCCAAUGGGUUUAAGUUACUGUCUUUCUAUUGAUUAGACAAAACAAGUUGACCACGUCUAGAUUUUUUUUUCUUGUCCAUGGGAUGUGGACAGUGUUGCCUGGGCCAGUAUUUAUGCUUCAAGCUUAAUUGCCCCUUGUGAAGGUGGGGGUUAGCUGCCUUCUUGAACAACUGCUGUCCAUGUGCCGUAGGUAGACCCACAGUGCCCUUAGGGAGGGAGUUCCAGAAUUUUGACCCAGUGACACAGAAACGGUGAUGUAUUUCCCUGUCAGGAUGGUGGGUGGCUUGGAGGGGAACUUACAGGUGGUGGUGUACCCAUGUAUCUGCUGCCCUUGUCCUUGAUGGAAGUGGUUGUGGAUUUGGAAGGUGCUGUCGGAGGAGCAUUGGUGAAUUCCUGCAGUCCGUCUUAUCGAGGGUAUACACUGCUGCUACUGUCAGUGGUGGGGGUAGUGCAUUUUGAAGAUGAUGAAUCAGGUUCCAAUGAAACGGGUUCCUUGGUCCUGGAUAGUGUCAAUCUGUCUUUUCUCAUGGGGUGCACUUUCAAAUUCUGAGUGGCUAUGUUCGGGAACAGUUUGAACACGGUCAGCUUUGUGCACUGGUCAUCAUUGGAAGCUGAUGUAUCGUGUUCACUUGGAGCAGAAAUAGAUGCUCACCAGCAGAUUGCAUUGAGCAAUUAGUAUAUUACCAACAUUUGGGUGAUGGUAUCUGUCUAUUACAGCUGGCAGUUAGCUGAGGUGACUGUGCAGCGUUUAAAUCAGUCUAGAUGCACUGGAGUACAUUACUUUGAAUUUUCAGACCAGACUAGUCUGUUUUGACUUGUGUACCAUAAUGAUGUCCUUUCAACUUUUUUCAUCUGGACCUAUCACCCUGUUCUGUUUUAUUUAACUUCCCUUUGAAUAUUUCAGAUGCAAUUUCCCUCAAUGCCUUCAUGUUAAAUAAAAGUCCAUGCUCUGGCUGCUGAAUUCCCUCUUGGAAUGAAUUUGUGAUCAUCUGAUGAGUUUGGGACCCCACUCAGUGCUUUGCUGAAGUUGUACUCCGGUGUGAAAUAAACCUGGUGGGAACUUGGAGGUUCUGUCCAAGGUGAAGUUCAAAAAAAUGAUCAUCAGAAUGUCAUGUUGGAGCUCGUGGGGGAGGGGGGUGGUGGGGGAGAGAGAGACUAGGGGAGAUCCAGCCUCUGAGAUCCCAUCCCUCCUCGCUUCUCAGCUGUGACUGUUCAGUUCCUGAUGGUUUAUUCUAAAUGACUGACUGCAGACCUGGCUCAGUAUGAGCUGGGUUAAGUGCAGGGCUGGUAUCCCAGAGGUGUUUGACAUGCCACUUGGAAAACUGACUUAUCCCAGCGGAGGUGAUGUGUUACACUUUACUGAGUCUGAGCUGCUAUGGUAACACUUUUUUUUACAAGUAUGUCAUCAGGAGCUGUGUACAGAAACAGUAAAGGUACCAAUGUUCUUUCCAUCACACCCAACUGAUCUAGAAUCCCUCCUCUUGUCAAUGACAGGAUUUGUAGUCUGGAUAUUUCUUGGCCGUGGGCCUUGAACCUGGAGCAGAUGCAGUGACAUUACUCACUGCCCCAUAAACUUUACUCUAAGGAAUACCAAAGCCUGUGCAAAAUUGUUUGUUGUCAAUAAAAAGACCCUUGUGCAUGUUAGCCAGCAAUACUUGGGGAUGAUUAGGAAUAAGGUUGAAUCGUUUUAUAUUGGGAGCAGUUCAUGUAUACCCUGAACAGGGGUUUGGUGAUGAAAUAUUGCAGAGAGAAAGUUCUUCCGUUGAUCUACCCAGCGACUGACCUUGGAUUUACUUGUUACAGAAAUUCUUGGACCACAGUCUGUGAAGAUGGUUUAGUGGUAACUGUUACAACAUUCGUGUUAAACCACUUUUUGGUUAUGUUUCACAAUAAAAUUUGAAAAGACA